CCUCGACGGCGACGCUCGUUUUUCGGUUGUUCGGCUCCUGAAAUCGAAAUUGUAAUUUCGCACAGCGUAUACAUUGGAUUUUCCUCCUUUACGUGUCGCGCGUGUGCUAUUCUUGUUAUUGUCCUGUCGUCGCCUUUUUUUUUGGGUGUAUACUUAACAAAAUCGUUACAAUUAAACAUUUUUUUUCACGUGUGUUACUGUUACUUCAGCUCGGUACUCAAACACAAAAGUCAAACAAAUAAAGCACGUUAAAGAGAACACCGAAAAAGAAAUAACAAAAACAAAUACAAAUACAAAUAACAUAGGUUGUUGUUGUUGUCGCGCAGCAUGUGGAGUUACAGUUAACUGUUACAGUUAACGGGCAGCAACGUGAGGUGGAGAAAGAGGUGUGUAGGAGCAGUGGGAGAAGCACAAGGAGCAGCAAAAGCGAAAAGAGGGUAGAGAGUAGGAUUUACUGCUCCGCUUCACUAAAUGCAGUCGACGCUGCGAUUAUUAUGUGCCAGCUUCAAUAACAACAACAGCAACAGCAUAAAACCGCCGCAGCAGCAGCAACAACACCACUUGAUACGAAAAUAAACAAACAAAAUCAAUCAAUUAAUCAAUCUGCUGAGCACACCGCUCUCCACGCCCACACACACACGCGCAACAACACAUAACACAGGCACAACAACAACACACACAAACACACACGAGUGCGAGUCAACGCCCACGCCCAUUGCAGAAAAAGGAGGGAGUGGCAGGACGACAACAAGCAAAGGAGGAGGCGAAGCACGAGGACGAAGACAACAUGUUCCACUCACUUGUUUUGAUGUCCUGCGCCCUUGCCGCCCUCUCCGUCGCCCAGGGGGCGGGGCCCGCUCGAUCCAAAUCGCUGCCGUUAUCGCUAUCGCUAUCGGUAUCGGUAUCCUCGUCAUCGGCAUCGGCAUCCAGUCCAGGAGCUGCUGACCCAACAGCCGCCGCCGCCACCACCACCGCUCAGACCCCCUCCCCCGCUCCUUUUGCCGGCAAACAGCUAAACAGAUGCCGUCAAAGUUGCUAUCAGCAGCGCUCCAAGGACUGGCAUUAUUGUAAGGAUUUCGUUGAUUGCACAAACUGCUGCCAAAAGCUGAUGGCACCCUUCGAACUGCGAGUCCUGAAGGCCCAGCGCCAGGAGUCGCUCGUCCUCACGGACAUCGGCUGGGAUGAGAUGAUAGCGAAUGCCUCGCGCCAGUGCCUCAUCACCUGGGAGGUGUCCGGCGGCGGCCUCAUCGGCAAUCUCCUCACGGACACCGCCCGGGCGGAGCUCUCCUUGUGGCCGGACACCGUCUACAACAUCCAGGUCAUGUGCAAGCACAAGCUCACGGGUCUGAUGCGGCGUUCGAUCAAGCUGAAUGUGGACACCAGCCAGUUGGUGGGCACGACAACGACCACGACCAGCGCACCGAGGACCCAGGGCCAGCCAGUGGAGCAGGUGGUGGAGCAGCCGGUGAACCAUCCAGAUGCCUUGAAGCACUCGCAGCGCAUUCGCGUCCGGCCCACGGAUCGGGUGUACAUAAUCAGUGCCCUGCCGACGGCCAGCGAACUGGGCGGAGUGGUUUAUCCGGCCUUCGGGGCGCUGGCCUUCUUCCUGGCCCUGCUGGUCAUGUUCCUCUUCCUGCGUCCGCAGCGCAAGCGAUUCCCCCUGGAUGCGGACAGCGCGGACACGGCCACGUUGAUAGGUCGCAGCUCGAGCAGCUCGAGGAACUCACUGGACGCCUCCACGCUGCACGUCUAAGGCGGAGGUUAUCCGGACAACUUGUAGUCGUAUAUAUAUAGAUGUCUGACUAUGUGAUAUUCUGCACCCCAAAAAGAAAACCAUACAAAAACAAAUUAACAAAUUAACAAAAAACAAAUGAACAAAGGACGCGAAGACAACUGUGUACAUACCCCUUGCCGCGUUAGUUAGUCCUUCCCUAUCCAAAAUGUGAAAUCCUGAAUUUUGAUUCGAUAUGAUAGAUCAGAGCAGAUCGAAUCGAAUCGAUUCAAAUCGAUUCGGAUCGAAAUCGUUUGAAUUGAAUUGAAUUGAAUAGAAUUGAGUUGGAGAGUCAAGCAACGUUCGCUCAACUAAGUUAAGUUUUAUCCUCUGCCAUUCGUAGAUCCCAAUGCCAAACCAGCGCAGUCAUAUACAUAUACACGCAUGAUAAGCAUACAUAGCUCUAUAUACAUAUACCAACUAUAUUAUACAUUUAACGCAUUUACUAUAUACAUAUAUAUCAUAGUUAUACAAGCAGGAACAGCUAGAGAUCAAGAUAAAGAUACAGAUGCAGAUACGUUUACGGUUACGGUUACGGAUACAAAUAUAUAUAUAUAUAUAUAUUAUAUUAUUAUAUAUUAUAUACUAUAUAUUAUAUUAUAUAUAUAAUUAGCCUAGGGGCCAGCGGCCAACCAACUACAUACACCAAACUAAAUGCAACAAAUUGCUACAAAUUUUUUGUCAAUCGUCGCUCGCUUGCAAACAUACAAACAAUAUAAAUUUGUUUUUAUCUCAGGUUAAAAACAAAUAUAUGUAUCAAUUAAUACAAAUACAAAAUAUCAUGCAUCUCUUUUCCAUUUUUAGUCGUCUUAAACUUAAAUGAAACAUGGUACAUAAACGAAAAGAAAAGAAAAGGAAAAGCUAAAGCAAAACAAAAAGGAAUUACAAAUUAACAAGAAAGCAACUUAAAUCAGAAGUAAAUAUUUUUCAAAAUUUUUAAAUGUUUAUACCUAGACAAACUCAAUUGAAUUAACAACAAAGUAAACUAUUAUAAAUGACUUACUGUACUUGAGCAUGUAAAAACAAAGUAACAAAGUAACUAAACUAAACUAAACUAAACUAUGGUUAAUGGUUAAUUAAAGAUGGUUAAUUAAAGAUCAAAGCUGAGAGAAAUAACUUCGCUACGCAAAAUGCCUGUAAAUAUUUUAGCCCUAAUUUAUUUAUAUUUAAACAAUCCAUUGUUUUGUUAACCUAUGAUUUUAAGAAUACGGAACGUUUUCCAGGGGCAAGAAGAUGGUCUUAUUUUUCGAACAAAGAAUGAACAACUUAAUCUGAUUAAUGGAGUGUUCCUGCUUUUGAUGCUUCUUAUACUUAAACGUAUGUUUUUAGUGUCUGCUCCAAUGGUUGUAGUAUGAAUUAGUGAAUUUCGAUCAAAUCAACAAAACCAACAAAGACCCAACCAUCUUCUUUCCCCAGAAUGGAAUCUCUGGAGUGAGAACCUUGUGUAGUGUGAACCCAUUGCCAUAUACAAUGCAGUCCUAGUUUAAUUUUAGUUAAGCGAUCCAAAUGUGUUACCUCUUUUUUUUGUAUGUAUGUAUAUCUUUUUUUUUUAUGUGUGGCAGAGACUCGUUAAGACUAAAUACGAAAUAUGCCAAUCACAUUUUAGAUAUGUACUGUGUAUGAAUAAAUUCGGACGAGAAGGAUGGGAGCGGAUGUGCGGCACCCUUUCAACAUUUAUCCUUUAUUCGUUUAUUAUGUAAA